GCUCACGGCGACGACGGGCUGCGCUCGGCACCGCGGCCGCUGAUUGGUGAAUCCAGUUGUCAAUUAGGUAGGAGGCGGGGCCAGCAGGUUCGGUUGCAGCAGAGGCGGAAAAAAUGCUUCCCCUCUCAUUACUGAAGACGGCGCAGAAUCAUCCAAUGCUUGUGGAGUUGAAGAAUGGAGAAACGUACAAUGGUCAUCUGGUCAGCUGUGAUAACUGGAUGAAUAUCAACUUGCGAGAGGUUAUUUGUACGUCCAGGGAUGGGGAUAAGUUCUGGAAAAUGCCAGAAUGUUAUAUUCGUGGCAGCACCAUUAAGUACCUCCGCAUCCCUGAUGAAAUCAUUGACAUGGUGAAAGAAGAGGUAGUAUCAAAGGGCAGAGGUCGUGGCAUCCAACAACAGAAGCAGCAGCAACAACAGAAAGGGCGGGGAGCAGGUGCUGGGGCUGGCAGAGGUGUGUUUGGUGGGCGUGGCCGUGGAGUGACCGGAGCCAACAGAGGACAAGAGAAGAAGCCGGGGAAGUUAUCAGGAGUGAAGAAACCAUGAAAGGAAUAGUGUGUGUGCGUGCGAGUGUGUGUUUGUGUCAGAUUCCGACAGUCUUUCUUUUGUGUAAAUGAGUCACAUUCACAUUGGAUUAAGUUACAGAAGUUUUGUAAAUUAUAAAUAAAUAUUGUCGGAGGGGACUUGAAAAAAAA